AACCAAACCCUAAUCCCAAGUAUCCCUCUCCUCUACCUCCCACCUCCCACCUCCCCAUCGCCAUGAUAGGAGCUUCUUCUCGUCGCCUCCUCCUCUCCACCCUUCUCAAAUCCAAACCCUUUCUCCGAAGCCUCCCCAAACCUCUCCUCUCCUCCUCCAUUCCCCCUCCCCAUUCCCCUCUCUCCUCCUCCGCCAAAACCCUCUCCUUUCCCCUCGUAAACCCCCGUUUCCUCCACCCCUCGCCUCGCGCCCUCCAAACGUGUUCCCAAAACGCCCCUCCCCUCUCCCCUCGGCAGCGGAAGCUCCAGGAAAAAUCCGACCUUGAGGAGGCCUUCGAAUCCGCGACCAACACGGAGGAGAUCUUCGGCGCCUUUGAAGCCCUAGAGUCCGCUCUCGACCCCAGCGACAAGAAGCUCGGCCUCGCGUGCUUGAAGGUAGGGCAACAUCUCGAUGCGACCGGCUCACCAGACCACGAAAAGGUCCUCAAUUUCGGCCUCAGAGCCCUCCGUAUCCUCGAUUCCGGCGGCGAAAGCUCCGUUUCGGUGGCCAUGGCGCUUCACCUGGUCGGUUCGGCCUGUUUCGAGCUGAAGCGGUUCAAUGAUAGCCUGGGGUUCCUUAACCGGGCCAAUCGGAUUCUUACUACCUUAGAAAACGAGGGUUCCGGUGAUUUUGAUGUCCGCCCGGUGAGCCAUGCGGUUCAGCUCCAGCUUGCCAACACGAAGACCGCGAUGGGACGGAGAGAAGAAGCCCUAACUAACCUCAGGAGGUGUUUGGAGCUCAAAGAAUCGAUUUUGGACCCCAAUAGUCGCGAAUUGGGUGUCGGAUAUCGGGAUUUGGCCGAGGCGUAUGCUGCGGUUUUGAAUUUCAAAGAGGCUUUGCCACUUUGUUUGAAGGCUUUAGAGAUUCAUAAGGCACAGUUAGGGCUCAAUUCGGUGGAGGUGGCCCAUGAUAGGAGGCUUCUCGGGGUUAUUUAUACUGGUUUAGAGGAGCACGAGAAGGCAUUAGAGCAGAACGAGCUCUCGCAGAAAGUAUUGAAGAAUUGGGGAAUGGAUUCGGAUCUUUUACACGCGGAAAUUGACGCCGCCAACAUAAAGAUUGCUUUGGGGAAGUAUGAAGAGGCCGUUAACACUCUGAAGCGGGUGGCCGAACAAUCUGAGAAGGAGAGUGAGACGAGAGCUUUAGUGUUCAUUUCGAUGGCGAAAGCCUUGUCUAACCAAGAGAAGGUUGAGGAUUCAAAGAGGUGUUUAAAAAUUGCAUGUGGAAUUCUCGAAAAGAAAGAAUUAAUCUCCCCCGCCAGGGUUUCCGAAGCUUACGUUGAGAUAUCAUCUUUGUAUGAGGCUGUGAAUGAGUUUGAUACAGCUAUAUCACUCUUAAAGAAGAGUCUUUUUAUGCUUGAGAGGCUCCCGCAAGAGCAACACAUGGAAGGGAAUGUGGCGGCGAGGAUAGGGUGGCUACUUCUCUUGACAGGGAAGGUGGCAGAAGCUGUACCUUAUUUAGAAAGUGCUGCUGAGAGAAUGAAGGAGAGCUUUGGGCCAAAGCACUUUGGGGUGGGCUAUGUAUAUAACAACCUGGGCGCAGCUUAUAUGGAGAUGGACCGGCCUCAAUCGGCUGCGCAGAUGUUUGCUCUCGCAAAGGAGAUCAUGGAUGUCUCCUUGGGCCCGCAUCACACAGAUUCGAUUGAGGCUUGUCAGAGCCUCGCGAAUGCUUACGCUGCAAUGGGAAGCUAUGCCCUUGCUUUGGAGUUCCAAAAACGAGUCAUCGAUGCAUGGGGAAACCAUGGCCCGAGUGCAAGAGAUGAGCUAAAAGAAGCUAAUCGACUCUAUGAUAAGCUUAAGAAAAAGGCCUUUGCAUCUCUGUCUGGUGCAGUUCCAGAGGAAGAUUCAGUGACUCAGCGUGAGGGAAGUGACACUGAUCCUCCCAAGAUGAUGCAUCAAUGAUGCCGGAGGCCACGUAUGCAUGAAAUUUUCUGUAGGGUAGCAGGCAAGCUUUAGGCAAUCUCUCCAAUAUGAAACCUCCUCAUGCUCUUUUCCAGGGGCGCUUGUAUGAAGCCUAGGAAGCUUGCUUAGAUCGGUUGAGUAAUAAGGAAGCUUCUCCUCUAUCGGCAUGUCGAAGAACUCCUCGGCAACGCGCAUCAUUUCGUUGAUCACGUUCUCCGGCACACCGUGGUUGAUAACCUGCACAGGUUCGUAUACAAACUUGCAUGCUUUUAUAAAAACGCUCCGUCAAAAAUAUCUGUGUACAAAAUUUAGAGUUGCCAAGCACAAUUUAAUCAAGUUUUUUUCAAUGUUGUAAGGGAUAUAUCCAGUUGUUUGGGAGAGUCUUCGACAAGAAAAUAACCCAUUUAGUGCCUCUUUGGCCCGA